UUUCCAGACAUCUACGGGAGCUCGCAUGGCUCACACAUCCCCUUAAAUGCCUUCAAACUUUGCUGGAGGAGAGUCUGCAGAUUAGAAGCAUGGCGAAACACGCAAAGUCGCUCCUGUCGCGGUGGUCCUCCCGGGUUUUUCUGGUGGAAGUCGACGAGAAGCCGCUGUACUUUCGCCUGCAGGAGCGCCACCGAGGCGAGCGGGCGCCGCGGGUGUUCGGGCGGCUCCGGGAGGAGGACAGGUGCUACUCGGUGCUUGUCUGCAGCGGGGACAGAAUUAAAGCAGCCAAGUUUUACCCGGAGCUGAGGGACAAGCUGGCAAGAGAUUUGCCCCCGGGGUGCGAUCUGACCAGAAUGGGGUCCUUUUUGCCCCGCGUUAGAGACUCUUUCAUCAGGGGGUAUUUUUUAAAAAGCAGCGCUGAAUCCUCCGCUCACAUAGAGCGACUUUUGCGGGACUUGGGGCGGCGCGAGCCGCUGCUGGUGUGUUCCUACGCUGCUGCGGGUGGAGGCGGGCAGCGUUGGACGCAGCGCCUGUGGUCUCCAUCAGAGGACGAGACCGUGUCAGAUUAUUUUGUGGUGCCCUCAGAUGAACCUGAAUCCCACCCAUCUGCACUCAGCAUGAUAAACAAUGACGUCUUCUACAGCUUUGAGGAGGCGCGUGACGUUUUCAGAAAGUGCGGCGGCAUCAUCCCAGAGGCAGCGUCUGUUCUGGAGAUGCUUCCUGGCUCACCGGAAGUUUGCCGAAAGCCAAACUUUCCUGUUAUUGUCAUCGAGGGACUGGACGCCACGGGUAAGACCACGUUGACCGAGUCUUUGAGGGACUCUCUCGGGGCCGCACUGCUGAGAUCCCCUCCUGAGUGCCUGUCCCCUUGGAGAGCCCUCUUUGAUCAGGAGCCGCCUCUCAUCCGUAGAGCCUUCUACGCUCUGGGGAACUACAUCACGGCACAGCAGAUAGCCCAAGAAGGCAUGAAGACACCUGUCAUCGUUGACAGAUUUUGGCACAGCACGGCGGCCUAUGCCAUCGCCACGGCAACAAGUGGUCCGGUUUCCAACCUUCCUCAGAGAGGUUCAGAGGUUUACAGUUGGCCCAGUGAUCUGCUGCAGCCCAGCUUCGUCCUCCUCCUCACCCUGGAUGCUGAGGAGAGGAAGAGGAGGCUGAAGGACAGAGGUCUGGAGAAGACUGAUGAAGAGCAACAGCUGGACCGCAACCAGCUUUUCAGACUGAGAGUAGAGGAGGCUUAUCGGAGGAUCAGUGGUCCGCCGUGUGUCACCGUGGAUGCUAGCCCCUCGGCGGAUAAAGUGCUCCAACAAACCCUGCUCUUAAUUAGAAGCAACUGCCACUUAUGAGAGUUUUUUUUUUUACUGUCCUCCACUGGAUGCAGUACCCGCUUUGACCUCUGGGUGCCAGUAAGGUGUUGCUAAUGUGACAGUAGGAGAGCAGGUGGCCAGAUCUGAGUGUGGAGAACAGACUGUGUUCACAAUGAGCAAAGGUUGAGUGGCCAGGAGCCAGAACUGCAUGCUGACACAAAUACAUAUUAAUAUGUACACACACACACAGACGCACAAACACGCACUGAUAUAUUGAUGACCACACUUGUACACACUGUUGUUUAUGAGCUACAAAUAUCACAAUGUAGCCCUAAAACAAAAUGUUGCAUCAAAAAAGAUUCUACAAGCUCAAGUGAAUUACAUUCUGAUUGUCUUUAUGUUCAUUUUGUAAAAAAAAUAAAGAUUCCCAACUUUUUUCAGACAAAAAAAAUUCUCUGUUCAGUGAAAUUGUAUUAACAUAAAAAUAAAGGAAAAAUUCUGUUCCAGGAUCCAAA